AUGAUCCCCUGCUUUCGGAGCAGUCGCAAGUUUACCCCAGCGGAUCCUAGUAUCUUUUCCAGUGUUGAAGUCACACCAGGUCCGGGAAGCGGCCCGCUUACGCUGCACAUGUCGUACGGCAAUAAUGUCCGACCAUUCUCUCAAUGUCUUGGACCUUUGUCAGCAACUUCUGCUUAUGUUACGCUUGCCCCCUUCUACUACACCGAUGAUGAAAGCGAGAAUGCGCUAAGCAUGCUAGCAGCCAUCGACACCAUAGCGAUCCUCAAGUCUACCGUUUCUCUAGUGCGGCACUAA